AUGGACGAGGAUGAAUUGUAUGAUGAGUUUGGUAAUUUAAUCGGAGAUCCACUCGAUUCAGACGCAGAUUCCUUAGAUGAAAUACCGGAAGAACAAGAUGUGCAAUCAGAGAAAGAAGCAGAAGAUUUGAUAGUUGAAACAGGCGAUGAAGCCUUAGUGAUACAUGCAAAUAAUGGGAAUGGACUCAAGCUUUCAGAAAAAUUUGGGCCAGGAGUGGAAACCAUAAUAGCGAAACCAUAUGAACAAGCUGUUGAUACACCAGUUAUUAAACCAAUGAAUAAGAAGAAGUUAAAGGUAGAAUUUACUGAGGCCGUAACGAACAACGUUGACGAAAACGACCAUAGAGUUAAGAACUUACCAGAGCUAGUGUAUUCGCGUGAUUAUAUGAUAUCUACGAUGAACCUGCUUCCAGAGAGAGUUAGAAACAUAGCAGUAAUCGGUAAUUUACACUCAGGAAAAACAACAUUUAUUGAUAUGCUUGUUUUGCAAACCCAUUCACCAUCAAUUUCAUUGAGUAGUAGUUUGAAAAAUUUUCAACCGCUUCGAUUUAUGGAUAAUCAUAAGUUGGAAAUCGACAGAGGUAUCUCAAUUGAAGCAUCGCCUAUUACAUUAUUAUUACCAGACUUGAAUGAUAAGUCAUUUGUAUUUAAUAUUAUUGAUACACCUGGCCAUAGUAAUUUUGCGUCCGAAAGUACAUCGGCUUUGCAGAUAGUGGAUGGUGCUCUUCUCGUAAUAGACGUAGUUGAAGGUUUAACCCCGAGAGAUAAGAGCCUAAUCUCAGAACUUAUGAAGAACAACAAACCUAUAACAAUUGUCUUGAACAAAAUUGAUAGACUAAUAUUAGAAUUAAGGUUACCCGUAGAAGACUUUUAUUUUAAAAUUAGUUACACAUUGGAUGAUAUUAACAACUUUAUAAACGAAAAUGAAUACGUGAGUACGUAUAAACAGCAAAUGGUAUUCAGCCCAACAGAUGGCAAUGUUAUUUUUGCAUCUUCAAGUUUGGAGUUUGUUUUCACAUUGGAUAGCUUUACAAAACUCUAUGCUGAUAACCACAAAUUACAAGGAGUCGAUUCUCAAGAGUUUAGUAGAAGAUUAUGGGGCGACGUUUUUUAUAACCAAGAUAAAGCUCAGUUCGUUAAUAGUUCAAACAAUGGAAAAUUCCUGAGGUCUUUCAAUUUUUUUAUUCUGGAACCUAUUUAUAAGAUCAUCACACAGACAUUAACAUAUGAUGGCUCAAGUAAGAACUUAGCACAGCUAUUAUGGAACAAUUUCAAAGUUUCAUUACAUAAUGCCCAAUAUAAGCAAGACUCUCAGAUGUUAUUGAAAGAAAUAUUCAAACUGGUUUUCUCGGGCUCAAAAGGUUUUGUUGAUCUGGUAGUUCAUAAUAUUCCAUCACCCAUAGAAACAGCAUCAGACAGACUAGAAUUACUUUCAGGUUCCGAUAACUUACCAUCUGCUAGAUUAAUAGCUCAAGCAAAUAAAUUAAUCGCAUCGGCAGAUGGUGAAAGGUUUUAUACUUUAGUCCGCAUAUACCAAGGUUCGAUAAAAGCUGGAUCAAAGGUGAGGGUUUUAGGACAAAACUUCGACGAAGACGAUGAUGAUUAUAAAAUAGAAGUUAUUGAUGAAUUAUUUAUUCCAGGCGGAAGGUACAAGAUUCCAGUUAAGGAAGCAUUUGCUGGUUCGAUUGUAAUAAUAAGCGGAAUUGAUUCAAUCAUUUCUAAAGGAGCAACGAUCUACGAUAAUGCGGAUUUCAACAGUGACUCAAAAAUUUUUAGGCCUUUAUCGUACGAGAGACAAUCGAUUUUCAAAAUAGCAAUAGAACCUGCAAAUCCCUCGGAGUUGCCCAAAUUAUUAGAGGGUUUACGUAAACUUAACAAAUCAUACUUGGCAUGUACAAUAAAGGUAGAAGAAAGUGGAGAACAUGUUUUAUUUGGCCCUGGUGAAAUAUAUUUGGAUUGUAUGUUACAUGAUUUGAGGAACUUUUUCACUGACGAUUUGGAAAUCAAAGUAAGCGACCCAAUGACACGAUUCAGUGAAACGUGUAUUGAUACAUCUGUAACUAAAAUUUCAGCUAAAUCAUCGUCAGGAAACAAUUCAAUUUCUAUUAUUUCCGAGCCAGUAGAUGAUAGCAGAUUGAGCUUAGCUAUCGAAAAUGGUAAAAUAAAUUUAUCUCAACCUUUAAAGACUACUUCCAAGAUUUUACGUAAAGAAUAUGGAUGGGAUGCAUUAUCAGCAAGAUCAGUUUGGUGUUUCGGACCUGAAGAUCUUCAUAAUCCAAGUAUAUUAAUUGACGAUACAAUAGAAGGUGAAACCGAUAAAAAGUUGUUGUAUUCCCUCAAAGAUAGUAUAAGCCUAGGAUUUAAGUGGAGUGUUAACGAGGGACCAUUAUGUGAUGAACCUAUAAGAAAUACAAAGUUCAAGAUAUUAGAUGCGGUAAUCAGUGGAUCUGAAAUACAAAGAAGUGGAACACAGAUAAUACCAAUGACAAGGAAAGCAUGUUAUACUGGCUUUUUGACUUCAUCUCCUCGCUUGAUGGAACCUAUAUAUACUGUCUAUGUGACAUGUUCUUAUCAAGCCAUAGUAGCUGUUAAGAAAUUGCUUGACAGGAGAAGAGGCAUGGUGACGACUGAAAAUCCAGUACCUGGAACUCAGUUAUUUCAUAUAGAAGGUCAAGUUCCAGUUAUAGAAUCUAUUGGAUUAGAGUCCGAUUUAAGACUUCAAACUCAAGGACAAGCGAUGUGCUUUUUAGUAUUCGAAAGAUGGGAUGUUGUUCCAGGAGAUCCAUUGGAUAGCGAUUGCUAUUUACCGCAACUUAGGCCUGUUCCUAAUGCUUCGUUGGCAAGGGACUUCGUAAUGAAAACUAGAAAGAGAAAAGGUUUAAGUGGCGAGCCUAACUUACAGAAGUAUAUUGAUAUUGAAUUGUAUAAUAAGUUGAGAGAAAGUGGUGUUAUAGAAUAG